CACUUCACAAACCCCCUCAGAAUAUCGCACAAGAAAAUUAGGUCUCCCUAAGUACCCGCACAGGUCAAGUCACAAACCCGCUAAGAAAAUUACACAAGAGGUCUCCCCGUACACUGAUUGAAAGAUUUGGUAAUCCUUGUAACAUCUUGUCGCCAUAUAGAUCGCAAAGCAUAUUAUGGAAAUUAGGGAUAUUCGAGCGCCAGCGUGCACAAACAAAGUGCAAAAUAUAUUUCCACAAAUCUAAAUUAAAGUUACUUCCAUUUGUAUAAAUAGAGUAGGGUAAGUAAAAUGGAAAAGAUUGGAAUUGCCAUAGCUCGCGCUUAAUUCCAAAGUUUUCCUCUCUUGUUUGAGAAUAUUAAGAAUUGGAAUAAUGUGACCGCAAAGAGAAAAUUUAUCUUUUUGCUGCUUAUUUAAAUUGAUGUUGCUGGUACUUAUCCAGCUAAUUCAUUACGACUUCAUUAAAAAUUUAAUUGUAAUAAGAUUCUUAAAAGAGUCAACACAAUUGUGACAAUAAUUUGUUAAAUUUGAUGAUACAUAUUACCAAUGUCAAGGGUGGCCGUAUUCAUGUAGAGGAGAUAAAACAGCCAAGUAGCGCUAAUGCAGUUUAUAUCGCAGCACGAUCCGUGAUAAGCUUCAGAAACAAUGUUCCUCGUCUCGUUUGUGCUGGUCUUCAGCCUCGGGUGCAAAGUCAUUGCGCAAACGUGCCCACAAGGGGUUUGCUACGGUGGGGCUUUCGAGGCAACGAAAAGGAAACAGGGACGGUAUUUGGUGGGGUUCUCGUUCAAGAACCUCAGCACGGUCCGUCAUGCCCAGGGGUGCUUCUCGGCGUGUAUGAAUGAGUGCCUCUGCAGGUCGUAUCAGGUGUCAAGUACGGGAUGCGAGUUACUGGAGGAAGACAAGGAUACCAGUCCUAGCCACUUCCACUCCAAUCCCGACUACAGCUACUUUGAGAUGCAUCAAAAAAUUAUUCCAUCAGCAUCUUCCUUGGCAUACCCAUCCGUCUGUAGAAAUGGUUGCUGUCUCGCCAACCCCUGUCUGAAUGGCGGAACGUGCACAGAGAAGUGCGAGCACCCGAAAACCAAGUUCGUCUGCAAGUGCCUGCCAUAUUGGGAUGGACGAUUGUGUCAGCAUUUUCGGCCUAAAUCCUGUCAUGACUUCUACAAAGCACCAAACGGCCCAGCGAAUCUAAACAGAGGUGUUUAUGAAAUCUAUAGCAAAAAUAACACGCACUUCAAAGUCUACUGUGAUUUCAUGCCUCCUUAUAGAGCAUGGACGUUGAUUGAAUCCUUCGCAUUUAAGCACAACCCAGAUUUCAAAACAAAGUCAUUUUUGGAUAAUUACCCAGUAAAUGAGACCUCGCCUGACAAGCACGAGAAAUACCGUCUUUCCCGCGACAAAAUGCAGCACUUGAGAUCCACCGCCGUGUCUUACCGAGUUACUUGCCAGUUCCUGAAGAGAAGUAACGUUACAAAACUGGAUUAUUUGGAAGGAAAGCUUUCCUCGUUUGACAUCAUUGAAGAAGAAAGUCUCACGAAUGCUGGCUUUUGCAAGACUGUGGAUUAUGUGAACAUCGAGGGACACGACUGCCGAAACUGUACCUUGGCGCUCUUCCAGAAAAUCGAACAGUGGCAUCUCCACUCCGAGCCCAGAAAAGGUAACUGUGAUAUGAAGCCAUCAGGGUAUGAAGUACAAUCUAACGAGGCAUUCGGCUUUUAUGAUCCAGGCCGGGACACUUUCUUGUGCGCAAGCGCACCGGACGCCACUACGGAAUACUGGCUCGGCCAUGGCUACUGAAGGCAAAACACGAUUGAACCAUCUAAUAAAACACCAAAAAUACGAGGAGGUAAAAACGUACUUAUCUGAUGCACACAGCGGCAUUGCUGGCUGAGCUGGUGUGCACGCCAAUACAUGACCAAGACUGAUCUCAAUCAACACCAAUACAUGGCCAGGUUUGACUUCAAUCAACACCAAUAGAUUGCCAGGUUUGACUUCAAUCAACACCAAUAGAUUGCCAGGUUUGACUUCAAUCAACACCAAUAGAUUGCCAGGUUUGACUUCAAUCAACACCAAUAGAUUGCCAGGUUUGACUUCAAUCAACACCAAUAGAUUGCCAGGUUUGACUUCAAUCAACACCAAUAGAUUGCCAGGUUUGACGUCAAUCAACACCAAUAGAUUGCCAGGUUUGACUUCAAUCAACACCAAUAGAUUGCCAGGUUUGACUUCAAUCAACACCAAUAGAUUGCCAGGUUUGACUUCAAUCAACACCAAUAGAUUGCCAGGUUUGACUUCAAUCAACACCAAUAGAUUGCCAGGUUUGACUUCAAUCAACACCAAUAGAUUGCCAGGUUUGACCUCAAUCAACACCAAUAGAUUGCCAGGUUUGACUUCAAUCAACACCAAUAGAUUGCCAGGUUUGACUUCAAUCAACACCAAUAGAUUGCCAGGUUUGACUUCAAUCAACACCAAUACAUGACCAAGGUUUGAACUCAAUCAAACUUUUGCCUUCUCCCACCUUGCAUUUCCUGACAUUGUGUUGAAAUAGCACCAACAUUACUGGGCCAUCUACUGGGCAGGGAAGCUUGUAGCAGGAAAAGAGGCCGAGCCCUGCUUGGAUGACUUCUAGCAAGAACAAAUCGCCCGGAGCAAGAAAAAGAAUAGGAAAAAAAAUGGCCUUAAGAUAUCUGCAUUGGAAGAGUAAGCAAGAGACAAGAAUUAUAAAUAGAUACAUUAAAGAAACGGACCCAAAGGAUAGUAGAAUCGCCGAUCCUAUUGAAGAUUCCCUGAUAUCUCGAAAAGGGAAAAAACCUGAACGCACAGCUCACGGACUAUUUAUCAUUCUAAAUACAUUUUAAAAAUUGCCAUAUAAUCAAAUGAUGAUAUGUUUUGUUAAUGGAUAUUUUGUAGUUUCCUUCUUAAAAUAGCACAAAGAAAAAUAACCAAAGCCUGAGUCA